CAUCAAAUAACAAGUUCCCGUGAAAUGAGACUGAUUGGUUACAAAGGCUUAUAAGAGUGUCUUUGGCGGUGGAUAAUGGUGGUGCCGCAUUAGCAAAAUGAAGGCGAUAAACUGUGGGUUGUAUAUAUUGCUAGUUUCAAUUAUAUUUAUUCUACUACUUGAGUCUGAAGUGUCUCACGGAGGGAAGAUAAAGAGACAUAAGACAAAAAAAGCAUUAACACAGUCAAAAAAUGUUGAGAAGUCUUCAGCAGAUACGCAAACCAGUUCAAAGAUUAAAAAGGCAACUGAGCGUAAACGUAGAGUGUUACCCGCCUCGCAAAAAGCAAGUGCUAAAAAUUCAAAUCUGCACAAACACAAAGGUCGGAAAAUAAAACAUAAAAAUCACAAAAAGAAUUUGAAAUUCCAAACUUUAGCUAACGAACCGACGGCAUUAGCAACUACUGUACCUCCACAAAUAGACGAGGAGCUAAAAACUGAAGAAAAAUCGACCCAAAAUAUCGCCGCGUUUGUAAAUGAUGAAGCAGUCGUUCCUGGAUGGAUCCCUCAUGUCGCAAAGCGAAAAUGUGGAACAUGUUUUUGGCAGGAAUGUCCUACCAUUGAUGUAAUGAAACGUCACUGCCCUUCUGGUAUUGUUCGGGAUCAAUGUAACUGCUGUGCUCAGUGCGCGAGUGGUGUUGGAAUGCCGUGCUACAUGACUUCAUUUGCCCCUAUUUGGCUGCCGCCGUGCGGCGACGACUUGGAAUGCAUCCCGGCUUAUGGCGAAGCGGACUUUGACGACGAAAACCAAACUCCUUCGUGGGGCAGUAACAGAAAUUCUGAAGGUAUUUGUUCCUGCACUGAACGAACUACCGUGUGUGGAAGCAACAAUGCAACCUACGAAAAUGUUUGUGAAUUCAGAGAAUCUGCUGCUAGAUUGAAAUCGCAAAAAAUAUCGAUCAGUAUUUCACACCCUGGUCCAUGCAACACGGUUCCGACAAUUGAUUCUGCACCGCAAAAUACCGUUUCGCAAACGGGGGACGUCGUUUCAUUUCGAUGUGAAACGUCGGGAUUCCCUCUGCCUAGAAUCCAAUGGUUUAAGACCAAGAAAGAGAAGCGAAAAACGGAAGAAAUAGAACUUCCGGGAUACCUAAAUCACGCCGUUACGCAAAUGAGAGGCGGACCUGGGAAGUAUCAGCUCACAACUUGGCUAACUUUGGAUAAAGUUAGAGAAACUGACAUCGGAGAUUACAUUUGCAGAUCUACGAAUGAAUACGGGACAGCUGACGGUUCCGCUACCCUAACAAUAAACAGACUGUGACGCUUUAUGUCAACUUUGGAAUAAUUUAAAACCGUAAUAUUUCUGUGAUCGGAGUGUCUAAAUUUUUUUGUUAUAUAUUAAUUUUUGAGUCUGUUGUUCGCUGUUAGUACAACUGUGAAAAGAUGGAAGAAUCAUUACACUCUCAAAUUGAA